AGACAUCUACUGCUCUUAAUAUAAUUACUGAAAAUCCACCACCACACAGAAUGAGUAUUGCGUUGAGUUGACACUUUCGACACGUAUCAAUACGUGUGAUUCGCAAGCGUAAUACGACAACACUUUUAACAAGUUUGAUCAUUCGUAUAAAAACGUUAGCUCAAUUCGAAAUUAGAUCGCCCGAAUUGGAAUGUAUUUAGCAAAGACGAUACCAUCGCAAAGCACAUCGGAGACAACAUGGCGACUGGUUGUCAGGCCUUUGUCUGCGUGGCUUUGGUCGCAGUAUUCGGCGCUGUGCUGGGGCUCGGUGAGGACACGGAACGGCCUCCGAUCGGCGGCCGUAUAGGCUCUGCUGUCCGUCUGAGGGAGGGCGAUCCUGGCUUGAAGAAGGCUCUGCAGUUCGCCGAGGAGCGGUACAACUUGGGUUCCAACGCGAUGCACCUCCGCAAAGUCAGCCGGCUCAUCUCCGCCACCAAGCAGCUGGUUAAGGGAAUCCGCUACACUAUAAUGGUGGAGAUAAGCAAUACUCAAUGUAAGAAAUCCACGAUGCUCCGUACUUGUGACUUUUAUCCCGAGUUACAACAACUUAAGACUGAGGUAUGUGUGUUUGAAAUCUGGGACAUACCAUGGCAGGCAACCUCGAAUCUGCUCAAACAGAAAUGCCAACCAAAAGCUGGACCAGAAGAAACAACUACAGUUGAGGACGCUUUCCCUGACCAGCAUACAGAGGAGUCUGUGGAGUUGGUGGGCCUUUUCAAAGACUUCAUGGUUAAAUACAAUAAGGUCUAUAGUACCCAGGAGGAGACCGACCGCCGCUUGCAGAUCUUCCAUGAGAACUUUAAGACCGCUGCAAAAAUCCAGUCUUUAGAUAAAGGAUCUGCCGAGUAUGGCGUCACCAAGUUCAGUGACCUAACUGAGGAAGAGUUUCGUUCUACCUACCUGAACCCGCUACUGAGCCAGUGGACCCUUCAGCGACCAAUGAAAUUGGCACCCUCCGCCCGAAGCUCUGCUCCCACCAGCUGGGAUUGGCGGGAUCAUGGCGCUGUUAGUCCUGUUAAGAACCAGGGUAUGUGUGGAUCAUGCUGGGCAUUUUCGGUCACAGGUAACAUCGAAGGACAGUGGUUUCUGAAAAACGGAACUUUGCAGUCUUUGUCCGAACAAGAGCUGGUUGACUGCGAUGGGCUGGACCAGGCGUGCAGAGGCGGGUUGCCAUCAAAUGCUUAUGAAGCAAUUGAGAAUCUUGGUGGUUUGGAGUUGGAGAGCGACUACUCCUAUACUGGCCAUAAACAGAAUUGCGACUUCACCACCAGGAAGGUAGCUGCCUAUAUUAACAGCUCUGUGGAGCUGUCCAAAGAUGAAAAUGAAAUUGCAGCUUGGUUGGCUGAAAAUGGCCCCAUUUCUGUUGCUCUGAAUGCUUUUGCCAUGCAGUUUUACAGGAAGGGUGUUUCACACCCUUUUAAGAUCUUCUGUAACCCCUGGAUGAUUGACCAUGCAGUGCUUCUGGUUGGAUAUGGAGAUCGUAAGGGAAUUCCAUUCUGGGCUAUCAAAAACAGCUGGGGUGAGGACUAUGGGGAGCAGGGUUACUACUACCUAUACAGGGGCUCCAACGCGUGUGGAAUCAACAGGAUGGCUUCUUCUGCUAUUGUCAACUAAAUAGAUUUAAUUGCACUUUUUUAUGUCUCCCGCACACAGAUACAUAAUGUCACAGUGAUUGCAGAUGUCUGAGCCAGACUGCAUGAUGUACCCGUACUCACAUCUUUUCACUGUUAAAACAGACUAGUUUUCCUUAAAAUGCAUACGCAGAUACUAUUACUAGGUUAAAAAUAAUAUAGUGAAAUUUGAUUUUUUUAAAUUUUAGAUUGAAUGUGUGCUUUUCAUUUCUUAAAUGUCAAGCAUUGUUUUUAAGUCGUUUUCUCUGACAGUAACUGUAUGAGGCACUAGUAAUAGGCAACGUGUGCUAAGAAUUUUACUGUUUUCUUACCACUGGCUGAAGAAACGUUAACUUUCAUCUCCCCGCUUCAGCCCUUGUUUGCUGAUUAAUGAAACUUUUGUUGGAAUUAAAUGAAAGUAGAAAUAAAAUGAAUGGAUUCUUA